CGCGAGUUGCAGAGCAAAGCUAGCAAGGAGCAGGCACAGGAGAAGCCGUAGCUGGGAACAGCUAGAGUCAAUACCGCGAGGAAGAGAGGAGGCAGAACGGUCAAAAUCGGCCUCGUUGAAUAACGUCGUGAACCCCGCCGCCAGAGGGUCGAGCUCGUGUGUGGUACGGCCUUGUGGAGCCCUAAGCCUUCAGUACAUCGGCAAUUCGCCACCCCCACCAAGCGCCAUUGAGGAAGAGGGAAUAGGAGGAGAAGAAGAAGCGACAUGGCGGCGCCGACAGUAGUCUUGCAGGUGGUGGUCACGGGGGGAGCGGGCCAGAUAGCCUACUCCUUGAUCCCGCUGAUCGCGAGGGGGCUGGUCUUCGGUCCGCGGACGAGGGUGAACCUCCGGUUGCUGGAUAUCCCCCCUUCGGCCUUGGCCCUGGAAGGAGUGGCCAUGGAAGUGCAGGACAGCCUGUUUUCGACGGCCUUGGAUGGCGUUCUCGCCACCACCGACGAGGCUAAGGCCUUCGACGGGGCGCAGGUGGCCAUCCUCCUGGGAGGUUUCCCAAGAAGGCCUGGGAUGGAGCGGGGAGACCUUAUCGAGAAGAACGCUGGCAUCAUGAAGCGGAUGGGUUGUUGCCUGGAGAAAUACGCCAGCCGUAAUUGCAAGGUGGUGGUCGUGGCCAACCCCGCGCCGACCAACUGCGUCGUCCUCGCGUCUUACGCUCCCUCCAUCCCAAGGAAGAACAUUAGCUGCCUGUCCCGCCUGGACCACGACCGCAUGGCGGGCAUGCUUCUUCACGAGGCCAACCGCUGCCUCGCCGCUGCCGCCGCUAACGGCAACGGCAGCGCCAAAGGGGGUUCAUGGCAACGGCUGGGGCCGGCGGACGUUAGGGGUGUCUGCGUCUGGGGAAACCACAGCAACUCUCAGGUGCCGGAUGCCAGCGCCGUAGAGUUCCGUGUGAACGGCUGCUGGACCCCGGCCCCCGCUGUCAUCCGCGACGCCUCCUGGCUCAACCUCAGCAACAGCUCUCACGAGCGGUUCGACGCGGAAGGGGGAGUCGUGCUAGGGCUGGCAGAAGCUGUGCGAGGAAGGGGCGCGGCGGUGCUGGGCGCGCGGAAGCUGAGCAGCGCCAUGUCGGCCGCGAACGCGAUCGCGAGCCACCUGGCGGACUGGCUGGUGCCUCCUCUCCCUGCAUCAGGGCGCCCAACGGCGAGUGACGCAUCGUCAUCGUCGUCGUCGUCGUCCGCGGCGUCGGCGGCGGCGGCGGCGGCGGCGGUUGUUUCGAUGGGGGUGGCUUCGGACGGAAACCCGUUCGGUGUGCCGGGGGGUCUCUUCUGCUCCUUCCCGGUGCUGUGCAGGGGCGACGGGGAGUGGUCGUUCGCGGAGGAGUUCCUGCUAAAGGAGGAAGCGGGGCACCAGCUUAGCUUGUCGGUGAAGGAGUUGCAAGAAGAGAGGAGCAUGGUUGUGGAGGCACUGGGAGAGGACGGGCCGUCACCUGGCUCUUCUAUUUCCCCUUCUCGUGGCGGUGCGGCGACCAAAGGCUGCUCCAACGGAGGAACUCCCAUCUCCAGCCUCUGAGGACCAAGGCACCCCAAAAAGCCCCCCGGCGCAGGCAUUUCAGUCAGCUUCAGCUGGAAGAGCAAGGGCAUCGGCGGCAGCCUGCUUGAUCUCUUUUGCAGCGCGCGUGUUCAUGGUCGACCGACUGACUCUGCCGACCAACGCCUGCUCUUCUCGCAUGGGAAGGGCUCCGAAUUUUUAUUAUUUUUCGAUCAGGGACACUUGACGGCGUCUGGGAUGUAUAUUCACUUCCCCCUGAAAACACUCUGGAGUCGCCGUCUCCCCCCCCCGCGUCAUUUUGUUUCGUCUGACGCGUGAGGCGCGAUCCCGUCGGGGGGGGGGAAGCGGUGGUGCAUGGCCGUUUCACAGCUGGAAGUCGUGGAGCCAACAUGGGAUCUCUGCGGGCGGGGGGUUUACACGCGGUUAGAGGGUCGCCUUCUCCGUCAUCACAUGUAGUGAUGGUCGAAGGAGAACAGGGGUGGGGUGUGCGUGUGUGUGGGGGGGGGUAGGUGUGUCGACAAACGAACCCGUUUGCGUGCCCUGCUUGAUGCAUGUACAUGAGACACUCGGUGUGGUGUGGUGGAGAGGAAUAGCGGGAUGGCAGCCGUACCACUUAAACCGAGCAGUUCUCGCAUAGUUGAGGGGUUCUCACAAGCAGCGGCAGCAGCAGCAGCUUGGGUCGCCGUAUGAUUCGUUCGGCGUCCGUGCAGCCGAGUUGGUGGGGCCUGGCCUUUGAACACCGCCCUCUUCCUCCUAUUUAGGCGGUGGGUCAGUCUUAACACUGCAGAGCACUUUGGUCGUGUACCACAACAAUUUUUUCCCACAGGUAUGCGUUCCCAACCACAACCCCUUUCACGUAUACAGGAGAUAUGUAGUGCGCCCCGGUUCCAGGGGGCCUUUUCGACCGUAGCAUUCGCGUGCGGCUGACGGCAGACGGUGGGGCGGGGCGG